AUGAAUCAAAGAACAUCCGUAGAAAGCCAAGGAAGUGUUCAUCUCCCGAUCGAUGACGACAUUUCAGCUCAACUAAACCGAACCCACAGAAAGAACACCACCAUUUUCGAACCACAAACCAGUAUCGAAACAGCAAACAGCAGCAACUCAACACCAUUGCCAAAACAAAGACAAGUACUGACAGGAGCACCAGAAAAAAAGCUAACCCUCUUCGCACUCAGGCUAGCUAUACUCGAGAAAGCAGCCACCGGUCUUGGAGCCCUAGGGUUCAUCUGGGCUACUGUGGUUUUGCUAGGUGGGUUCGCUAUAACCAUUGACAAAAUAGAUUUCUGGUUAGUGACCAUUAUUCUACUGAUUGAAAGUACAAGGAUCUUUAGCCGGAGCCAUGAGCUUGAAUGGCAGCAUCAGGCUACGUGGUCGCUAGCGGAUGCUGGAUUCAGUAGCUUUCGAGCGAUAAGAUCGAGCUCACAUGUGUUUAUCCGAGCAAUUAAAUCCAUGUCGCAGCCUCUUACUGAGACGCCGAGAGGAGCGGAUAGGAAGAUAAGCGAGAGUACUCCAAACAUGCUAAAAAGCUGGACAAACUACUUAUCCAAAAAGACACCUUCGCGAACAUGGACAAGUUCCGAUGUCCCCCUUCUUCCAUAUGGAAAAUGGGUUUUCGUAUCGAGUAAUAUUAGUAAGCUUCUUUAUUGGCUACAAUUAGCUUCCGCUGCUGCUUGUGUGUUUAUUUCUGUUACACGGCUUGUGAAUCACGAUUAUGGAGCCAUGCAUAAAGGAGACAACGACAUGAUGAACCGGAAAGCAGCGGUUGCUAUAUUCUAUGGAUUGGCGUUAGCAGAAGCUGUGUUGUUUCUUUUGGAGAAAGCGUAUUGGGAGUGGAACGUGAUUUAUAAGAGAAUGUUGGAGAUGGUGAAUGAAGAGCUGGAACUGGGACAUACAGGUUUGAUUUCGGUGAAGAGGUUUUUCUACGACACGUAUUCAAAAUGUGUUAAUCAAAGCAUAUUCGAUGGGUUGAAAAUGGAUAUGGUUUCUUUCGCUAUGGAGCUUUUGAACUCCGAUUCUUCUGAUGAACAACUCAUUGGUGUUCGAAUCUUUGAUAGGUUCACGACAAAUUCACGAUUUUCCGAAGAUACCCUUCAGAAAAUCGGGAUUACCAUAUCAGUAAUCGAACGUUUGGUCGAAAUGCUUAAUUGGAAAGACCCACAAGAAGAAGAGAUUCGGAUGUGCGCAGGAAAUAUACUCGUUAAACUCCUUGGUAAGAAGCAAAACGCUCUUCGAGUUGCUGGAAUUCCGGGAGCAAUGGAAUCAAUAUCGUCUUUGUUACACGUCAACCGAAACUCCAGUUCAAUGAUAUAUGGUGAAGUUUUUGAAAAGGAAAUCAUCGGAGAUCAUGGAAGUUAUGAUUACUGGGCAUUCAAUCAACUAGGCCUUCUAAUUCUAAAGAAACUUGCAUGCGAUCAUGAUAAUUGCGGAAAGAUCGGGAACACAAGAGGCCUCCUAACGAAAAUCAUCGAGUUCAUGCACACGAAUGAGCGACUAUUGAAAAACAGACAGAUCACCGAAUCUCAGAUUACAACAGUGAAACGAUCAUUACAAGUGGUGAAAAUGUUAGUAAGCUCGACAGGGAUUACUGGUACACAGCUUCGAACCGAAAUUUCAGAAUUGGUUUUCACAAUUAGCUACAUUCGUGAUAUAUUAAGGUAUGGUGAAAAACACCCGAGGCUACAAAAACUUGGAAUCCAAAUUUUAACAAGUUUGGCUUUAGAAGAUGACGCGACAGAAAGGAUUGGUGGAACUGGAGGUGUUCUAAAGGAAUUGUUCAAUGUUUUCUUUAGAGAAGAAAUCCUCGAAAGUCAAAACCAUGUGCGAAUUGCAGCUGGAGAAGCUCUUGGAAUGCUGGCAUUUGAAAGUACAAGAAACUGUCAUCGUAUUUUGAAACUGAAUGUCAUUCAGAAGCUUAGCGACGCUCUUGAAAGCCAGUUGCUUCGUGUAAACGCUGCAAGAAUCUUGAGGAACCUAUGUAUUUACAGUGGACCAAGUUCGUUUAAUCAACUAAGAACGAUUAUAACCGCUGCAACUACUGUACUAAAGGAAAUCAUGACAGACGACAUGAAGUUACAAGAAGUGAUGGUAGGGUUAGCAGCACAUAUGUUCAGAUUCAUGACAUCUGAAGAAGCUAACGCCAUGUUUGAACAAAGUGGAAUACACGAUGGUGAAUUAGCGGUGGCACUCGUUCAGAUAUUGAAGAAAUGUCCGUAUCCACCAAUGAAGACUCCAAGAAUAAGAAGGUAUGUGAUAGAACUGGCGAUUUGGAUGAUGAUGAAGGAUAACGUUCGAAAUGUUAAGACGUUUAAGAAUCUGGGAAUGAUGGAAGAACUGGAAGGCGUUACAGAGACAACAUCGGAACUUGAAAGCUUUAAUAUAUUCUCUGGUGCAAUUGGAAUGAGUAGGUACAAGAUAUCAAUUCAUUCAUUAGUUGAGACAGCAAUGAAGUUGAUGGCUGAUGAGUAUUGA